ACUGUACAAAAAUUAAUAUUUCGAAAGGUUUGAAAGCCAUUGAAACGGGAAGUGCUUAUGGAAAUGGUUAAGAGUUCGUGAUGGUAAAAUAAUUCGUGCAAUGCUUCUAAUCGCACGUAUUUUUGUUUUCACUGGGUUAAUUGUUACCCUGGCGAAAACUGAGACAAGUAGACCAUGGUAUGAAUCCUUGCCGGCUGUAGCUAUGGACUACAAGGUCCAUAUUGACCCUGGAAAGGAGGAUUGUUAUUUUCAAUUUGUGAAUCCUGGAGCCACUUUCUACGUCAGCUUCCAGGUUCUUCGGGGAGGUGAUGGAAAAGCCGGUUUCGCUGUCAGAAAUCCAUCAGGGGAAAUAGUUCAUCCUUAUCAAUGGAAAGCGAACGCUGAUUAUCAGGAUCAAUCGACAAAUGGUGGUUACUACAGUGUUUGUAUCGAUAACCAGUUUUCAAGAUUUGCUGGAAAAUUAGUAAAUUUAUACAUCACUGUUAUCAGAUACGAUCAAUGGGAAAAGUUCACGAAAGAGUUGGAAGAAAUGAAUCUCUCAGUGGAGAAUUUCACGUCGGCGAUAACGCACGUGGAGAAAAAUAUCAAUGAAAUGCUACAAAUUCAAUACCAGAGUCGAGGACGCGAGGCACGAGAUUUAAAUUUAUUGUUAGACAAUAAUUCGUACGUUCAAAAUUGGUCAAUUGCACAAUUGAUUGUAAUAAUUGCCACAACAGUGUUGCAGGUUUAUUUCGUGAGAAAGCUCUUCGAGGUAAAACCAUCUGGUUAUUCGAAAGUGAGAAUUUAAUAUUAUAAAUAAGAAUUAUUUUAACUGAAAAAGAAUUCUCGUUUAACAUAUUUUUUGUAUGAUCUUUAUUCUCUAAACAUGUGAUAAGUUUUCUAUAUUCAAAA